CAAAAAUUACAGCUGCCAUUUUUUUACAUGACGUGUCAAAUAAUUAAACCUAAAAUUAAAGCGCGUUUGUGGUAGUUUGUAAAGUGAGGUACUGUAAACAAAACAAAAAUGUUGCUUCAAAUGCUGUUUGCUGGGUUUGUAAAUAUUUUGCUUGUGGGAGGCUCAGGCCCAAAAGACACAGUCAAUGAAUUCGUGCAGAGAAAACCUGAAAAGUACCGCAUCCCGUACCGAGGUGAGAUUCGCUAUGGAUGGAACCAAGAAGAUCUCAGUAAACCAGACCUCAGCAAAGAUAUUGUAAUUGAAGGAUCGGUACCAUCGUCAUCUUUAGGAUUUAUUGUUGAGUUGUGCAAAGACAAACAUUGCUUAUCCGAUGUGACGUUUCGUCUCAAUAUUCGAUUGGACCUCAAGAAAUAUUUCUGUAUAACUAAAUUACAUAACGAUAACUACAUGGAAGAAACUGUCUGUGCAUCGGAUCAGCCUUUCCGAUUUUUGAACGGAAGACCAUUUGUUAUUGUUCUAUCUUUAUUACCACCAAUGAUCAAGGUAGGCAGUAAUGUGUGA